AUGUCCGUACGUGCCAACUUCUUAACCUUUUAUUCUCUUCUACAACGUCUCCCCCCACAGACCCAGCCGCAACCCGAGCCCACCAAAUCCAAUGUAUAUGCCCUAAUCAUUGGUAUCAACACCUACCUCGCAAAAAACGAAUUCAACGACCUGUCCGCUGCAGUCUCCGACGCUGACUCCGUCCAGUCUUUCCUUUUGAACCGACUGAAAGUCCCAUCCUCACACAUUAUCAACCUCCGCAACACCGAAGCCACGCGCGCCGCCAUCCUCCAAGCCUUUGACGAUCUCAUCAAGAUCACGGCUGAAGAGCCCAACCCCGCCUUUAUCAUAUACUAUGCCGGUCAUGGAGCACGCGCAGAGAAACCUGUAGAGUGGGAGAGUUGGGCCACGAGUGGAACUUAUAUUGAGCUGUUGUGUCCGUGCGAUAUAGGUGUUAUUCGAGAGGAUGGGAGUGUCGUGGAGGGCAUUCCUGAUAGAACGAUUUGCGCCCAGUUGAACAAGAUCUCAUUUUUGAGGGGGAACAAUAUCACUCUGAUCCUCGACUGCUGCUGUUCAGCGGGUCUUAACCGAAGCGCCAACGAUGCCCAAUACACCCCUCGUCGAAUUGAAAAUCCUCCCCCGAUCUCACCGCAAACUGAUACCGAAAUCAUCACCGAAGACGAGGAGACCACCGGAACACGCAGCUUGUCUACAGCCGCUGGUUUCAUUGGUAAAUACAACGAUUCACACGUCCUGAUGGCUGCCUGUGGCCGUGAGCAGUCAGCGUACGAGCAUGAAGGCAAAGGACUCUUCACGAGGCAGCUACUAGGUGUUUUGCAAAGGAGCGGUUCCCUCACUUUGACUUAUGAUGCCCUACUUGCAAGGUUGAAGAUGCCUGCUUGGCAAACACCCCAUUUCGAAGGAAAGAACUUGAACAGACUUAUCUUCAACGUCAGAGGCAGUCGCUCUGACCCAUUCCUCAUCCCCGUACAACGAACCAAGAACGAAAAUGGGACCUACACUUAUACGCUCGAAGCUGGGCUCGCGCAAGGUAUCGAACCCAACUCGCGUUUCGACGCCUACAAGGAAAACAUCCUUAAUCGAGGCGAGGGGGGAAGGAGAAACCCCGUCCUCGGCUCUCUCAUCGCAACCAAAGUCGAUGCCUUCACCUCGGUACUGGAACCCCUCCCAGAGCAGAAAUUCCCAGUCCCAGCGGAACAAACGUUCUUUGCUCGCUGGUCGGAUCCAUCUCGCCAGCCCGUUUACAUCUACUCUAAAGACAAGGACUGGAUUAACUCUAUCUUCCCACCCGAUGUGGCCCAGAGACUCGGUGUCAUGAUUGCGGACAAGGAAGACCAGGCCUCACUCGUCCUCACACCCGAUCCCACAGAAGAUGUGGUGUACUUUGACAGGAACGACACACUGGCCAAGCCAUUUAUUGGAAGUCGGUUCCAUCAUACUGUGAAUAAGACACCCCCAGAGCCGAUCCACGAAGUUGUACGAGCCUGGCGACACUUCUACUAUCACCUUUCCCGACCCAGUCCACGCGAGUUCCCUGAGGUCCGGAUGGAACUAAACUAUCUGAAAGAAGAGGAGGAAGAUGACGAGCUUAUUUUGGUUCGGACGGGUAAGAAUCUUAUCGAGGGAGAGCCUGCAUAUGUGGAGGUGAAGACUGUUCACGAUACUGAGGAGGAGGAAGGGUAUGUGGGGAUGACGCUGUUCAAUGACGGCGAUAAUUAUCUCUACCCUCAUAUUUUCUACUUUGACCCGAACGAUCUCACAAUCGUGCAAUGGGAAACAACCCAACACGGUGCUGGGGCAGCGAAAUUCAAGCCGAUGGGCGUAGAUUGCCCGCUCCCACCACACUCCACGCUGCCGCUAGGCUACGGAACUGGAGGUGAACCAUGGCAAUUCGAAUUCGAGGAUGGGAAAGAGAAGGAUCUAGGGUUCUUUAAAUUAUUCAUCACGGCGUCUCCCGCCAACUUUUCUUCGAUAAGACAGGACUCGCCGUUUGAAGCAACUAGGUCCUCGAUUGUCCCUGGCGACCCUAUCGCAAAAGAGAAACUGGAUCCCAAUGCAUGGGGCUCUCGGAUCUUUACCGUUGUACAGUUGUUACGCACCGCACAUUGA